GCAUUCUGGAAAUAAACCAGUGGGAAGAGGACGUGACUUCAGGACAAUAAAACAGACGCUAGUGUGAAAGAGUAUAAAGACACCAGCACAGUGUGAUACUGGAGGAGCAUUGGCAAGCACAACUUCCGAAAGAACCAUUCCAAAGACCUCCAUUUACGCAGUCCAAGAGGACUGACAUAUUUUCACUGUCAGGGACUUAACCAUGAAGUUUAGUGUGCCACUGUUUUUUGCUGGGCUCUUUGGCACUUUGGGGACAGUCUUCAUCCUCCUAUCAUUCGGUACAGAUUAUUGGCUCUUGGCUUGGGAGACUUCCAAAACAGAUUCUAAGUUGCCGGACACUGUAGAGCAUGGGAAUUUGACCUUUUACCAUGAGGGCUUUUUCUGGCGCUGCUCAUUUGAAGGAGAAGGGGAUGAGGACAUCCUUUUGAAGUUCUGGUUCACAAACCAGCCAUUCACCAAAAAGUGCGUACAAGCCUACCUCUCUCCCUUCCCUGUAUCUGAACAGACCCACAAUGCAACCACUUAUGAGUCUGCCAUCAUCUACAGAGGCUUCUGGAGUGUCUUCAUGUUGUUGAGUGUGACUGCAGUCAUCUUGGGUGGCUUCAUUAUAGUAUGUGCUGCUCCAUUCACCAGUCCCUGCCUCUAUAAAGCAGGUGGUGGACUCUACCUCACAGCUGGUUUCUUCAUCCUUCUCGCCACUGUGCUGACUGUCAUCUGGUUGGAAGUGAUGGAUGUGGUGGAUUUGUAUGUGGAGUACCAAAAGAGUUAUCUGUGUCCGGACUUUCAGCUGAAUAUUACGUAUGGUCUUUCAUUUAUGUUCGCCCCAGUGGGCGUGUUCUUCUGCUUUCUCUCUGGCCUGCUCUUCCUCCUGAUUGGGCAGGCGCUGAAGAAGCAUUACCAAUAAGCAUAUUAAUGACCAGCAGAAUGAUAUUUGUUCAUGUUCUUGGUAAAGACUGUAUAGCAGUGAGUGUAUGGAAAUAAUACAAAUGUUAACAUCUUUGUAUUCUA